UUUUCAUUCAUAGACAUCAUAGAAUUGUAAACUUUGGAGAGAGAGAGAGAGAGAGAGAGAGAUGGAAGAGACAAAGUCAAGAUUCAAGAGGAUCUGUGUUUUCUGCGGGAGCAGUUCGGGCAAAAAGCCUUCCUACCAAGAAGCGGCAAUUGAAUUGGGAAAUGAAUUGGUGGAGAGAAGGAUUGAUUUGGUCUACGGAGGUGGGAGCGUGGGGCUCAUGGGUCUCGUCUCUCAGGCCGUUCAUCAUGGUGGUCGCCAUGUUAUAGGGGUCAUUCCAAAGUCGUUAAUGCCAAGAGAGAUAACCGGUGAGACCGUCGGAGAAGUCAAAGCUGUCGACGAUAUGCAUCAAAGGAAAGCCGAAAUGGCCCGUCAAGCCGAUGCCUUCAUUGCCCUCCCUGGUGGAUAUGGAACGCUCGAAGAAUUGCUCGAAGUUAUUACUUGGGCUCAACUCGGUAUCCACCGCAAACCUGUGGGUCUUCUCAACGUCGAUGGAUAUUACAAUUCAUUGUUAUCAUUCAUCGAUAAGGCCAUGGACGAAGGCUUUAUAUCAGCCGCAGCUCGUAGAAUUAUCGUCUCUGCCCCGACCGCCAAAGAAUUGGUCAGGCAACUGGAGGAAUAUGAACCGGAGUACGAUGAGAUAACAUCGAAGCUGGUAUGGGACGAAGUUGAUCGGAUAAAUUACGUACCGGGAUCGGAGGUUACUACAUGAUGGUUAUAUAUAUAUACACACACAUAUGCUUUGAGGGGGAAAAUAUAUUUUGUGGGAAGUUAUGUACUUAUGUAUAGAAAGGGGACUAAACUGAUAGAAGCAAAUAUAUUUUGGGGAUUGGAUGAAGAAACUGAAGUAUCGGGGCCAUUUUGUGAUAUUGGUUUUUUGUGGGGGGCAAUAUGUGAAAACUAUGGAACUGCUAACUUCCUAUAGGAGGAGGGUUUUUUCAUGUGUCACAUAUAUGUACAUUUUGGUUCUGUAGAAGAAGAAAAAAAAUGAAAAGGAGAAGAAAAUGAAAGCCAUUAUUUUGAAGA